GAAGUCUGCAAACCCGUAAGCUCCUGGUGGUGAAAAUGUUCAAACAUGGAUUUUUUCCCCUUCCUCCUUAGCUCCCAUGCCUCAUCUGACCAGGCAAUAGAAGCAAUUAUUAAAAUAUAUAAAAUGGUGAUUCUUUUUUUGUUUUUGUUUUUUUGUUUUGCUGUCGCAAUUAUUGAGGUGAUGUAUUUCAUAUUUUCAUACCGUAAUCGUAAUUCAAAUAGGGAGAAAAACAAUCCCCAGAGAGAACAAAAAUCGACCACUUCUUAAUGCGUGGCCUACUAUUAUGAUCUCAUUCUCAUGUGGAUAAGCAACGCCACUGACCCCUUGAUUUCAUAAACCAAAACCCAAAAACAGCAGCUCUCUCUGUUUUUUGUUUUCUUCGUCUUCCCCCCCAGUUUCAAUAGCAGGAAUCGCAGAACAUGGCAACUCCAAAAUCCAUAUGUUUCGCUUGAUAUAUGGAGUCCCGCAGGCUUUCCAUUCUCUGUUCCCAUCUCCGCCCCGGUUCGGGUCUUGCCCCGACCCGACAGAUUCCAGUUUCCAGGUCCAACUGUGAUGCUAACCAGCAACCUAGUGAUUCCGACAAGGGAAGUGACCAAAACGACUGCGUUUUCUGCAAAAUCAUACGCGGUGAAUCCCCUGCUUUCAAGAUUUACGAGGAUGAUGUUUGCCUCUGUAUAUUGGAUACACAUCCGCUGAGUUGUGGGCAUUCUCUUAUCAUCCCAAGGUCUCAUUUUCCUUCACUGAAAGCAACACCUCCAGAUGUGGUGGCGGCAAUGUGUUCAAAAGUGCCCUUUAUCAGCAGUGCAAUCAUGAAAGCUACUGGUUCUGAUUCAUUCAACUUGUUAGUUAACAACGGUACAGCUGCAGGCCAAGUUAUAUUUCAUACUCAUAUUCACAUAAUUCCGCGCAAGGCCCUUGAUUGCCUAUGGGCUUCUGAGAGUUUACGGAGGCGGCCCCUGAACAUAGACCAGGAAGCAUCUCGACUUGCAGACCAUGUUCGAGAGCAACUAUCAUUAUCAGACAACUCUAAAGAUAACAAAAAUGAAGGAUCUAGUCUUACCGGAAACUAGAUGCAUAUUGCAUUUCUGUUGUAAUCUAAACUGUACAAUGUUUUACUAUAUGCAUUGCUUCAAUUCUUCAAAUUCA